AUUUAUACUAGUGAAAUGCGGCUGAUGUUAUUUGCUUGCAACUUCUUUGUUGUAAUUCGAUAUCUGUUAUCUUGUUAUCACUUGUUUGUUAUUGUUGAGAUGCGGAGGUGGUUAUCGCAGUGGAUUAUUCCAUUGCCAGAUGUUUGUUGUUUACAUGUUGAGAAUGCAUUUCUAGAUAAUGCAUGUUUGGUUGUUAUUGUAAUAAUAGUUCAUUUCUAUUGUUCGACUGAUAGUGCAUGUCAAAACAAGUUCUAUCGAUUUACGGAUGUUUUUUGUUUACAUGUUGAGAAUGCAUUUCUAGAUAAUGCAUGUUUGGUUGUUAUUGUAUUAUAUGAAUGUGACAUGGCAUCGUUGAAACUUACUCAGUUACAUUUGUCGGAGGUUAAGCAAGAUAUCUCUGUGGAAUAUGUCCUAACAUCCGGAGAAAACCUGAUAGCAUUACAAUGUUCCAGUAACCAGCUAAUUAUAUUGGAUCUGUUAGAUUCAUCAUCAGAGUUAACUGAUUUGCCAUAUAAUUUAUACUACGUUGAAGUUCCUCAAAGUUAUAACUUGGCACCAUUAAAAAAAAACAACUUGAAAAAAUCAUUUAAUGGCUCCAAUUUGUUGGAGCAGCAUCGACGAUUAUUAGAGCCAUCAUAUGUUUCAACUUUUUCAUGUGAACCUUUAAAAAUAAUUGCUUUGCAAUUUAAACGUGCCCCAUGGAAUACACCGACUGGAGAAUCUGUUGCUGUUAUUAUAACUAAUAGUGGACUGUGUCGAAUUGUUAUAAAAAUGUCUGCUCCUAGUCGUCAUUGGAAUGAAAUAUGCAAUGUUAAUGCUUAUUUUUCAAAUGAAACAUUAAUAUCCAAAAUCAAAGGCUUCACUGGAAAACCUUUUAUUGGUUGCUAUAUAACCGCAGCUGCUUGGCAUAAAAAGGAGUCAAUAUUAUUUGUAUCAAUUGAAAAUGGAUAUAUAGCAACUAUUUUGUUCCGUGAUGUAAACUGUAUAAACUUAGAAGAUAUUUGCAUUACAAAAAUAUCACUUAAAAAAAUAUGUGACAUAAACUUAUUUGACCGAUAUAUGCUAAUUAGUACAAGAGAGGGUAUUUUGCAAAUAUUUACAUUAAAUCUAGCUAAUGAUUUGCCUAUUAUAACGCCACUGGAAUAUUUAUGGAAUAAAAAGGAUAAUAUAGUUUGCAGCAAAGUACUUGCAAAUAAAUUUACUGACAGUACAUAUCUAGUCGUUUUUAAUAAAGGUCCACAUAUACUAGUGUAUUCUUUGAAUAUUCGAGGAGAAGUUAUGCACUGUAAAGAGCUGUAUAUUGGUGGGAUAAAAGUAACAGGAAUUCAAUUCGUUUCCUCUACUGAUUUUAUCGUCACUACCACUACGAAUAAUGUGAGUUAUUUUCGAAUAAACUUCAAGGAUGAAAGAGAUUUUAAAAUAAUUGAACAAAGUGUUGAGACCGAAUUCAAUACCUCGAACGUAGGGAUUCUUGGUAUAGUGCCAACAAAAAACUUAAGUGUAUUAACCUUUAUACUAUUUCGUGCAGGGGAAUAUACACAACAAUGUAAAUAUAUGCAUAACAGUAUAUUUAUAAACAUUGGAAAAAUAGAAGGUAUCGGCGACAUAGAACAAUCAGCAAUGACUAACAAAUGUGCAAUCGAUUGCAACACCGAGAAUGCAUCUAUCUUAGGAAUGCAUAUAUUUAAUAAUAUGGAAUAUGAAAAUUACUGUUCUCUUUCGGACAUUAUAAACAUUCAGUUUCCUGCUAUUUUGGAUAAAAGCUUCUUACUUCAACUUCAAAUGAAAUUUGUAUUUGUAUCGAAUUUCUUAAGCUAUCAAAGGUUCAUGGAAAAAAAAAAUCAGGAAACCACUGCAUUUUCACUGAAAUUUAUUUCAAUUAGUAUUCAAAUAACUCACGUGAUAUGUCGACUUAAGUAUUUAUUUUCAUUAAAAGCAAUGUUGUUGACUGAAUUUCAAAAAGAGUCCAUUCAUGUCUUUUUGAAGACAUAUAUUGUUUUGAUUAGAAAAUUAGGAAAGCUUUUAUUGCGGCAUAAUUUUGUAGAGAAAACAAAGGAAAGAUUUUUAAUUUUUUUUAAAAAAGAAUAUGAUAUUAAUACCAAGAACAGUAAAAUAAAUAUUGCCUGGAAGGAAAGAUGCCUAUAUUGCCAGGACCUUACUAACCCGGACACUAUGUUGUGUGACCGAAGUCAUAAAGUAAAACGUUGUUAUAUAUCAUAUGUGCAGUUACCUACAAUAUCUUCUCGUUAUUGUCACCGAUGUCAAUAUUACGUAUUGGAAGACGUAUCGUUACUACAACAACUGUAUUCUGAAAACGAAGUAAUUAAAUGUAUAUUUUGUCAUGCUGUUUUUGUUAAUGAUUGUAUUUGAUUUCCGGUAUAACCCGAAUAAUAACAUUAAAGCUAUUAUAGUUUUCAUAUAAAUAGUUU